AUGGAUAAGAUCCUACAUGGACUGCCAGGAGUCAUUUGUUAUAUUGAUGACAUAUUAAUCACAGGAAAAGAUGACGAAGAACAUCUUCGACAUUUAGCAGCUGUGCUAAACAGAUUAGAAGAGCACAAUUUCAGACUUAAGAAGGACAAAUGUCACUUCCUUAUACCCUCUGUUGAGUAUCUUGGACAUCAAAUCGAUCAAGAAGGAAUUCAUGCAGUACCUAGCAAAGUGGAAGCCAUCACCAACGCUCCACCACCUACUAAUGUCCAAGAACUUCUGUCAUUUCUUGGCUUACUCAAUUACUACGGAAAAUUUAUUCAAAGUCUCUCAAGUAUUUUAUACCCACUCAACAGUCUGCUUCGUGCAAAUCAAAAGUGGAAAUGGACUGACGAAUGCACAAAAGCAUUUAAAGAAGCCAAAAGACAAUUAGGUUGCCAUUAG